GUCCAAGCUUGAGCUGAACCAGUGCGUUUCUGCGGUCUUUGGCGUGAGCCACAGGACCGGUGUCUCUUUUAAAUAAGAUCUCAGUGCAAGAACUAGCGCGUCCACGUGUUUUCUAAUUGUGCAAGGUUCUCUUGGUAACCAACAAGAUUACAACAGUGACGUAACAAAUUGCGCCGACCCAAUUCCUUAUCAACUCUCCUUAUUUACCAGACCAGGUGAGAGCGGAAGAGAUUCGGAUGCUUCUCAAUUCCAUCCGGUGCAAGAACCGCGACAUUAUGCACGUUUCCACCCCUUAAGAGAACCUUUAGGGCCACUAUGCCCCAGUGCGCGGUGAUGGGAUGCAACAGCUCCCAUCGAAAAACGAAAGGCGGCUCCAUACGCUACCACCGCUUCCCAGGGGACGCCGUGACCCGCGCUCGGUGGGUGCAAGCGUGUGGAAAGUACGUACAGAACUGCUCCACGGCGCGGAUCUGCUCCAGGCAUUUCACUGACGAUAGCUACGAAAGAGAUGUUCAGCACGAGUUGCUAGGAUUGCCUACGCGCUGUCGCCUCAAAAAGGGAGCAACUCCUGAGAGGAACCUCCCCACGGACUUCCUCAAGGAGGACACACUUCCCGACAGCGCUAUAGCUAUCCUGCUGGCCGUGGGGCUGGUGCCCGCUAAGGCUGCAAGGCAGGCCACGGGCGGCUUGCCCCAAGAUCUGACCAAAAUGCAGAUAAUGGAGGACGUGCGGGAAGGUGGCAGCGUCCAGCCCUCCUCGCCAGGACAUGCGGAUGAACGCGUCAACGAAGAAAGCAACAAGACGAGCCCAGAGCCCGAAGAAAACGGGUUCGAAGAAGAAGGCGACAAUCACGUUGAAGAAUUACCAAAGAAAGAAAUGGACAGUGAAGAACUGAAAGAUGAAAAGCCCACAACCGAAAUAGAAAUCGGCGACAACCUCAAAUCAGAGACCAACCUCGACGCCAACAACAUCAACGAGGAGAGUUGUAGCAACACAAGUUCGGAGGAAGCGCCAAACAAACGCAAAGCCGAGAGCCAAGACUCCGCCAACAAAAGACUGCGACUAGACAUCCAAGAAAACUUCAUCUCACGCGACAAGAUCCUCAACGAGUUCAUCGAAUUGUCCGACAGCAACACAGUGGAGCAGCUCCAGAUGCAAACCGAACAGAUUUUGGCCGAAAUUCGGACUCUGAAUGAGCUGGCCAAAGAAAAGGAGCGCGAAUGGAACAACAUCAUCCACUUGAAGAAAAUGAAGGAAGAGCUUUUGCUGCGCAUGCAACGCCGGAAACAAGUGAUGUUGCUUAGUAGUGACAGGAAUGAGAAUGGUGAUGUUUAUAGUGAAUCUCAAACAGACAGUGAGCGACUAAAAAGUGCAAACCAAAGUAUCCUAAAGGCGAAUCUAACGAACCCAAACAAGACGCUCCGAAUGCAAAACAAGCACCGGAACAUACUACCAAAGCAUCAAUAUUCGCAAGAAAUGAACGGGUCGCUUGAUUUCAGACAGAAUAAGCAACGGCCGGUCCUCGAUGUUCAGUCCAUCAUUGCCGAUUACCGACAAAGACACCCAGAAAUUGUGCCUCGGAGAGGUCGCAGAAUCCGCAAUUCUCACAAUGACAACAAAAAUAAUAUUCUCAACUUUUCCAACUUGGCGCUGGGUUCCGGCGCUCAAGUCCACCAAAACGUAGAUUUGCAGAGCGAAUUGGGAAUCCUGCUGAACGCCAUGGACGGGAAUCGUGGCGACUCACGGCCAUCGAGUGCGGAGUCUUCCACUACGCAUGAGCCGUCUUUCAAAGACAUGCUGGUGCAGUUUGCCAAAUUGUCCCAAAGCGAAAGGCACGAAUUGAUUCAGAAUGCAAUCAAACCGCCGCCACCCUAUCCAGAGGUGACGGUUCAUCCAGUUCCGACAACUAACACCGUCGCACCUACAAAUUCACUUCUGCACGGUAUUCUCACAAAGAGUCCGUCAAAGGCCAAUACCAAAACGUCAUUUAGUCCAACUUUGGCUCGCCUUCUCACCGCUCCAGAACGAUCCAAUUCACAUUCACCCACAGCACCUACACUUCCUAAUAACUUGAAUAAUGCAGCGAAUAUGUCUAUCUCUGAAAUACUUUCCACGAGCAAGGCUAGGAAUGAGAUAACUAUAACUCCUCUAGGUUCUCAAUACGACUCACCACAGAAAGGCAAGUCACAGGAGGACGAGGAAGCUGAAGACAGUGCAGAUCGGCUGGUAAUUGACGAAAGUAGCGAAGUGAUUGACAACAGAGGCAGAGGUGACAACAGCUCAGAUGCAGGAGAUGAAGUACCUCAGUGUCAGGGUUGCAAUCAAAAGUCGGCUCUCUUCGUUUGUGCAGGAUGUGGUAACCAGUGGUACUGCAGCAGAGACUGUCAGGUAUCUGCUUGGGAUGAACACUCUGAAGUUUGCUCCGGUUAGAAAUCUGUACUUAUUUUUAUACUGCAUGAUGAGGUUAUUUAUUCUUUAAGAAUUAAAAUUUACACCAAAUAAAUUUGGUACCUGUAUAGAAAAAUGAUGCAAUGAAAUAGCAUUCCUUGGAGAAGAAAAAUUCUUGCCUUGAAUUCGUAGUACUGUAGCUAUUCCGUUAUGCAUCAAUGUGGCUUGAUUUUAUUUAUAGUAGAACCAAAGAUACCCAAAGCUUAAAUGAUCAUUUAAUGCAUUUUGCUACAAGUAGCGAGUCAAAUGGCAUUUAAAUCAAAUUUGAAUCAUCCCUAUUUAAAGAAAUGUUAUUUUUUACAAGACGAAAUGUACGUAUUUAUUACAAAAUGCCAAAACAUUUCAGUGAUUCAAAAACACAAUAAUUAUAAUAUGUACUAAUUAGUCAAGAAGUUUAUUUUAAAAAAUCACAACCAAACAAGUCUCUUUUGUUACCUAUAAGAAGUAGAUUAUCUUCCUAUUUAUGAAUUUGUACUAGUCAGUUAAGUUGUAGUUACCCAAUCAGUUUGCAAUGUUCGUUUUAUGUGUUGUGUAAGUGCCAUUUAUGUAAGGGUUGUGUAAUUUUUUAUGUUUCUAUCAUUUAGGUUUAAGCAGGAUUCUGUAAGAUAAAUACUGUGAUAUCCAAGAAUGGAUCAACGAUACUUAAUUUAAAUUAAAGCCAGUAUCUUUCAUAAACAAA